AAUUAAGGAAGAGAAAGCAAUUCACUAUCGGAGCCCUAACGCUCAUCAUCGGCCCAAAAAGAAUAACCAACAAUCGAAGCUAAUGACGAAGGAAUUCACGGUGCCUCCGGUAGUUUUCCCCUCCGGCGGCAACCCCGCCGGCGGAAAUCUCAAUCAGCGACGCAUGCCCACGGCGCCGUUUCAACCACCGCGUCCCUCCGUGUCCUCUACCAUUCCCUUCAUGUCCUUCGACAUCGGCUCCGCCGCACCGUCUUCUGCGUCAUUCGGCGGUUCCAUCUCCACGUCGGUAGCUACGGGUCCUGCAUCAUUCGAAGAGGAAGAACCCCUACUUGACGAGCUCGGUAUUCACCCCGAUCAAAUCUGGCAGAAAACUAAGUCCAUCCUCAAUCCCUUCCGGAUCAACCCUGUCGUUCACAAAGAUUCUGAUCUCUCCGGCCCGAUAUUCCUCUACUUGUCAUUCUGCUUGUUUCAAUUACUCGCGGGGAAGAUCCAAUUUGGCGUGAUUUUGGGAUGGAUUGUGGUUUCCUCGAUUUUUCUGUAUGUAGUUUUUAACAUGUUGGCCGGGAGGAACGGGAAUCUGGAUCUGCAUACCUGUACUAGCGUGGUUGGGUACUGUAUGCUGCCGGUGGUGAUCUUAUCUUCUCUGUCGCUUUUCCUGCCGCAGGGGGCAGGCGUCGCUAGAUACGUCUUGGCUGGGGUGUUCGUGUUGUGGGCCACAAGGGCUUGUACGAAUCUGAUGGUGGCGCUCGCUGAUGGAGGCGAGGAGCAUCGUGGUCUCAUUGCGUACGCGUGUUUCUUGAUUUACACUCUGUUUUCUCUUCUCGUUAUAUUUUGAUUGUAGCUCUUUUCUUCUCCCCAUUUUGGGUAGUUCUUAGAGGCUACAUGAUGAAUCUGGUGCUGUUGGUGGUGGAGUUCAUUGUGUGGUGUAGAAGUUGGCAUGAGUGUAAAUUGAUCCUCUUUUUGAAUUUUGAUGUGGAUAAAGGCUCUGCAUGAUUGUCCAAUAAUAAUUGGAUUAGUUUGCUGCUGUUAUUCUGUGGUUUUAUACAAAUGCAUUAUUGAAGUGUUCUCAACUCAACCAGAAUUCACAGAAAUGCAUUAUUUGACUAACAUGGGUUUACUUAUAUUGCAUUCAGCUCGUGUUAUUACCGCACUUGAAACAUUACUGUAAAAACUAUCAUGAUUUCUGAAGUUCAUAUUCCUAUCUUUAUUGUGAGGAGAUGUGUUGGUAAUGGCGGUCAGGAAGUUUUUAUUUGUGAUUGGUGUUAUUCGUUGAGUUUAUAUUCUUCACCUCGUCAUUGACAUGUUUAGAAGAUAAAAAUCUAAUCUGGUG